UCCUCGUCCUCGGCGUCGUGCAAGGAGAAGCGCUCCUUCAGCAAGCGGCUGCUGUUCCGGGGCCGCGGGCCGGGCGGGGGGUCGCGCUCGCUGGGGGGCUUCAUGAGCCGCGUGCUGCGGACCCUCUCGACCCUCUCGCCCCUGGGCUCCGAGCACGCCCCGCCCCCGGCCCCGCCCCCGCCCCCCGCCCCGCCCCCGGCGCCCCCCACCCCCGCGCCCCCCGCGCCCACCCCCGGCGUGGCCGGCCUGCGCAACCACGGCAACACCUGCUUCAUGAACGCCGUCCUGCAGUGCCUCAGCAACACAGAGCUCUUCGCCGAGUUCCUCGCCCUCGAGCACUACCGCCACGCCGCCCCCGCCCCGCCGCCCCCCCGCAGCCGCGCCCGGGAGGAGCAGGAGGGAGACGACGAGGAGGAGGAGGAGGAGGAAGAGGCGCCCUCGCUCGCCGCCCACGGGGAGGUCACCCAGCAGCUGGCCCAGCUCGUCCGCGCCCUCUGGACCCUCGAGUACACCCCGCAGCACAGCAGGCACUUCAAGAGCAUCGUUUCCAAGAACGCCAUGCAGUACCGCGGCAGCUCCCAGCACGAUGCCCAAGAAUUCCUUCUCUGGCUGCUGGACAGGGUGCAUGAGGACCUCAACAACCUGGUGAAGAACAACGGCAGCCCCCCGCUGAAGCCCCCUUUGGAAGAGCCCGUGUUGAUGGAGGGACCAGCGUUUCCGAUAAACAGCUCUUUUGUCCAGGAGCUCUUCCAGGCCCAGUACAGGUCCUCUUUGACAUGUCCUCAUUGCCAGAAGCAAAGCAACACCUUUGACCCGUUCCUGUGCAUCUCUCUGCCCAUCCCGUUGCCUCACACGCGGCCGCUGUAUAUCACUGCGGUGUACCGAGGGAAGUGCUCUCACUGCAUGCGCAUCGGGGUGGCGGUGCCCCUGUCUGGCACAGUGGCCAAGCUGAGAGAAGCCGUCUCCAGAGAAACCAAAAUCCCCACCAAGCAGAUUGUGCUGACCGAGAUGUAUUACGACGGCUUCCAUCGCUCCUUUUCGGACACGGACGACCUGGACACGGUGCAGGAGAGCGACUGCAUCUUUGCCUUCGAGACCCCAGAGAUCUACCGGCCGGAGGGGAUCCUGAGCCAGAGGGGGAUCCACGUGAACAGUAACCUGAACCACUUGAAAUACGGUGCUGACCAUCUCAGAACCUCUGCGUAUGCUCAGGGGAGGCUGGAGAACUCCAACACGCGGGGGGCCCCGGCCAGCGACAAGGUCGUGCUGUUGGUGUGCAACCGCGCCUGCACGGGGCAGCAAGGGAAGAGGUUCGGCCACCCCUUUGUGCUGCAUCUGGAGAAGACGGUCCCCUGGGACAUCCUGCAGAAGGAGAUCCUGGAGAAGAUGCAGUAUUACCUCCGGCCCUCGGCCUGCGUUCAGGUGUGCCCCUUCAGCUUGCGAGUGGUCAGUGCCGUGGGCAUCACGUACCUGUUACCUCAGGAGGAGCGCCCCCUCUGCCACUUGAUGGUGGAACGGGCUCUGAAGUCAUGUGGCCAAGGCGGGACCCCCCACGUGAAGCUCGUGGUGGAGUGGGACAAAGAGACGAAGGAUUAUUUGUUCGGCAACACGGAGGAUGAGUACAUCCCUGACGCCGAGAGCGUCCAGCAGCAGAGGGAGCUGCACCACCAGCCACAGUGCUGCACCCUGUCUCAGUGUUUCCAGCUGUACACCAAAGAGGAGCGGCUGGCACCAGAUGAUGCCUGGCGCUGCCCACACUGCAAACAGCUGCAGCAGGGGAGCAUCACCCUCAGCCUCUGGACCCUGCCCGACGUCCUCAUCAUUCACCUCAAGCGCUUUCGACAGGAAGGAGACCGAAGGAUGAAGCUGCAGAAUAUGGUCCGGUUCCCGCUGACGGGCCUAGACAUGACCCCCCACGUGGUCAAGCGGAGCCAGAGCAGCUGGAGCCUGCCGUCCCACUGGUCCCCCUGGAGGCGCCCCUACGGCCUGGGGAGGGACCCCGAGGACUUCAUCUACGACUUGUAUGCUGUGUGUAACCACCAUGGCACCAUGCAGGGGGGGCACUAUACAGCCUACUGCAAGAACUCCAUCGACGGCCUGUGGUACUGCUUUGACGACAGCGAGGUGCAGCAGCUGGCGGAGAACGAGGUGUGCAGGAACACGGCCUACAUCUUGUUCUACCAGCGGCGGACGGCCAUUCCUUCCUGGUCAGCCAACAGCUCGGUGGCAGGCUCCACCAGCUCCUCCUUGUGCGAACACUGGGUGAGUCGUCUCCCAGGAAGCAAGCAGCCCAGCAUCGCCUCUGCCGCCUCCUCCCGGCGCACCUCUCUGGCUUCCCUCUCCGAGUCUGUGGAGCUCAUGGGGGAGAGGAGCGAAGAUGACGGUGGCUUCUCGACCCGGCCCUUUGUGCGGAGUGUCCAGCGGCAGAGCUUGUCUUCGCGCUCCUCGGUGACCAGCCCCCUGGCGGUGAGUGAGAACGGGAUCCGGCCCUCGUGGUCCCUGUCAGCCCGGCUGCAGAUGCGCUCCAGCUCCCCCUCCCGCUUCUCGGGGGACUCCCCUGUGCACAGCUCGGCCUCCACCCUGGAGCGGAUCGGGGAGUCCUCUGACGACAAGGUGGCCACCUCCUGCUUCGGCAGCCUGCGGAGCCUCUCUGGCAGCGAGAGCGGCCGGACUACGGGCAGGGCCCCCCUGGCGGUCAUGGAGGGGGUCUUCCGCGACGAGGGCCCCGGGCAGAAGCCGAGCUCCCUCUGCUCCGCCCCCGUGGACCCCUUUGACAACAACAACCAGAUCGCUUUUGUGGAUCAGAGCGACUCGGUGGAGAGCUCCCCCGUCAAGGAAGACAAGGACUUCAGUGGGCUGGGCCUGGCUCUGGCCAAAGCGGAGGCCCCCCCGCGGAAGGCAGCGGCUUCCAAAGAAGCCACGGAGGCUGAGAGGAACGCGAGGAAAGGAAGGACCCUUCUGUCCAGCACAGACUCCCUGACGUCUCCCCAGGCUGCUGCUGCCGCCGCCUCACCCCCUCCCUCCAAGAACUUGCCAAAGGUUUCCCGUUCGCGGAGCAAGCUGGAUUCUUGCCGGGCCAGCGGGAGGCACGGCUCUCCUGCCCCCCGGCACAGGCCGAAGGAAGCCGGUUCCAGGGCCCACGAUGCAGCCACCGCCUCUGCCCAGCAGAAGCAGAAGCCGCUCCCCUCCUCGGCUGCGGCUCACCGCAACUCCUCCUCCGUGCGAGGGCCCAACCCGGCGGGGGGGAAGAGCAGGACUUCGGACCGCAGCCUCAGCAGGGAGGGCUCCAAGCUGAGCCUGGGCUCCGAGAAGGCCGGUGUCCCCCCGGGCUCGCGCACGAACUCCCCCCGGAUCAGCCAGUCGAGGAGCGAGGGGCAGACGGCGGAGAGCAGGCACGUGCGCAGCUCCUCCAUGGCCAGCCUGCGCUCGCCCUCGGCCGGCCCCCGCUCUGCCUUGAAGAGGGACAGCAAGUCGGAAGACAAAGGCCUCUCCUUCUUCAAAUCCGCCUUGCGCCAGAAGGAGACGCGCAGGUCAGCUGACCUGGGGAAGACCACCAUGCUUUCGAAGAAGGCGGCCUCCAUCUCUGCCAAGGUGGCGGCUGGCAAAGGAUUGGCGGAAGAGAAGCUGAAGCCGGAGAAGAGCAGCCCCCAGCUGGCCCGGGCACCCUCCAGCACCAGCCCUGCCGCCAAGGAGGCCUCUCCAGCCAGGCACUCCCUGCUGCUCACCCGCAAAUCCAAGUCUUCCCAGGCGGAGGCCACCCCCCCGCCCCCAGGCAAGGCCGCCUCCUCCUCGCGCAAGCCCCUCCCCUCCAGCAUGCCCGCCUCUGCACGGCCCGCCUCCAAAUCUCCGUGAAGAUAUGCUGCAGCCCCCCCCCCCCCGCGGGUUUUGGUUUUCUCCUGUCGAGA